UCUCUCUCUCUCUCCAUUCGCUCCAUCCUCUCUCUCUCUCUCCCUCUCUCUCCUCUCUCUCUCUCUCUCUCUCCCCUUCCUCCCUCCGUCUUUCUCUCCCCCAUCUUAUCCUUCACACGUUUCGAUUCCCGAUUCCGUGUGGGAUAUGGGGAUCGAUCGAGGCGAUUAGCGGGGUUUGGGGGGUGGGGGGCGGGGGCGCUUCGAUCGAUCAGAGAAGGGAUCGAUCAAUGAGUGGUUCGGAGGCGAUGGAUCUCGACAAGGCGGAGAUGUCGCCUGAGGGAAAGGCGAUGGCCUCCGCGUGCUCGAUCUGCCUCGAGCUUGUGCUGGAUCGAGGCGACAGAUCCGUCGCCAAGCUCCAUUGUGGCCAUGAAUUCCAUCUAGAUUGCAUUGGCUCGGCAUUUAAUGCAAAAGGAGCGAUGCAGUGCCCAAAUUGUCGGAAAGUUGAGAAAGGUCGAUGGCUUUAUGCAAAUGGACAUCGGUCAUCUGCUGACUUGGACUUUGAUGGCUGGAUGAGUGAAGAGAUCUAUGAUCUCAGCUAUUCUGAGCUGCCUUUUGGAUUUCAGUGGUGUCCUUUUCGUGGAUUUACCCAGCUAGCAUCAUUUUUCGAAAAUAUCUCUUCAUACCCGGAAGGAGAGUCACGUCCAAAUUCUUAUCACGAGCUCAUGGGUAACUCUACAUUUGGAGAGCACUCCAACCCUUCGAGUAGUUCACAUGUUUGCCCAUACUUAGCUCUUCACGGUUUCUCCAAUUCUAUGCAUGGAACUUCAAGCUCUGCAGACUCAGUUCCGGAAAGUGCAUCAUUCCAUCGGCACCCAGUGCAGUCAAAUCCUGAUAUGAUAAGUCCCCACAUUUUUCCUCCUACUGAGCCACAAAAUCACAACUGGCACCAACAACACUCUCCCGCUUUUCCUUUGUCGGGGAAUCCAGAUCAACCUCCAUCUCAAUAUGGCGGAAGAUUGCCUAGAAAUGAAAGCAGCAGUCAUCAAAGAAUGGGUUCUUUUAUUCACCCUCACCAUCUUAUCCAUGGACCUGUCGCGCGAAAUGGAAGCAACGUAAUUGCUUCACUCGGACCAGCCGCAGUGAUUGGGGAGGUGAGGGGUCAUAGUAGAGGCAUCGGCAAUCACAUUUAUCAGCAAUCUGUGUCUUCCUCCUCGCUGUGGAACAACCACCCCCCCUUUGCACCCCCUGUCAGAAGGAUGAGGGUGCGAGGCGGCUUAACUCCCAUCUCUUCUAUUGCUGGCACUGCCUCUUCCUCUGCUGCCGAGAUUGGAGGGUUCUACGGCUUCUCCGUCUCGGGAUCUGUCAGCAGGAGCCAUCAUCAGGAUGGCGAGAGGCACCACAUGGACCGGUUCUAUGGGUGGGGGGGCCGAGAGGGGGGUGUUACCCCUUUGCCUUGGAUCCCAGUUGAGGGUGAAUCUCAGUGGUGGGGACCAUUCAAUCCGAACUCCAACUCUAAUCCGAACCCUAGUCAACCUGGUGGGAGCUUCGCGCAAAGAGCUUCUAAUGCUGAGAGGGUCCAGCAAAGCCAUCCGGAGAAUAUUUAUCCGCGAAUGCCCCCACCGCCGCCGCCGCCUCGGAUGCCACCUUUCAUGUGAGGAAGAGUGAGAGAUGCUAUUCGCGAUGAUGAUGAUGAUGGUGGUUCGAGACUGUCCGCUUUCUUCUUAAAUCAUUCUGUACAUGCCGUAAAUUGCGCCUAAUAACUGCUUGCUUUGAAACUAUGGUUGCGGCAGUUUGCUUGUAGUGGGAUUUUCAUGCGUGGACCGAGGUUUGAUGCGGGAAAUAUUUUCGUCUAUGUGGUGCUGGGCUCUGAUUUUUCAUCGUGCUCUUUUGCUCUUGGAUCGGUAGUAUAUAUUUAUUCUGAAAACAGAGAGCGGAAAACAGGGGCUUAAACUGUUGGUUAAUCCGUUACUUUUAAUCUAUUGCUGCUUUCAAUGGCCGCCGCCGGCGCUGCCGGUGGACUAAAAUUGAUGCUUCCUUUAUUAGUUUGUAGUAAUAUUACUAUUUAUUAUUAUUUUCCGUAAUACAAAUAUUGCUGCCAUGAAUCGAA